AUGCAUUUUAUGGCAGGGCCUGCAGGUAGCCGGAGUAUGGGGCCCCUGGGCCUCCACAGCACCCCUCAGGCCCUGUACAUGGUCCUUUUAAUAGCGCUGGUCAUGAUGAGCUUGGUGUUUGGUAAUUUUGAUCCUGAACCCCCUCAUCCAGUUCAGCUCCCCAAAUACCUGCGCUGCUAUCGAUGCCUCUUGGAGACCAAGGAGUUGGGAUGCCUUCUGGGAUCAGACAUCUGCCUCGCCCCACCUGGCAGCAGCUGCAUGACUCUCCUCAUAAAGAACAACAGUGGUUCUGACAUCAUGGUGAGUGACUGCCGCCGCAAGGAACAGAUGAGUGAUUGUUCAUAUACCCGCUCUUCUCCAGUGUUUGGCUUCUGGAUAUUUUCUCGAUGCUGCUUCCGGGAGUUCUGCAAUAACCCCCAGAACAGAGUCUUCUAUAUUCCUUAGAAUUUCUGCAGAGACUUUUAAGAAUAAAAUCCUGCCAGUCGCCUUUCAUCUUCUUGAUUUCCAGCUGGCUGGCACAGCCAGAACAACUUCCAGUUCUUUCUACCAGCCCUCCCAGCCUCCAAGUUACUGGACCCCAGCCCUAGCUGCCUCUUAUUUGACACCCUCAACACCCCUUUUUCCCACUCUAUCCCUCCCCCAGGCUCCCUCUCCAGAAGUCUCUGAAUUUUGCCUUCAGGUCCUCACAGUGUGACAGCUUUUCUCCUCUCUUCUCCCACCUCUUGGCUGCUCCUUAGCCCAGCUUUGCCCCUUCUCCCACCAUGGGCCUCCCAAGUCCCCAGCUGUUACUCCCAAAUAAAUUGGUGUGCAAACUA